AUGGCCGGUUCUCAGAGCGGAGAUUCGGUUUCUGGGGAUCCUCGCUCCUUACGUGACGGAACGCUGCCCUCUCACCAGGAAGAAGCAGAGGAAGAGGAGGAAGAGGAAGAAGACGAGGAAGAAGAAGAAGAAGAAGAACGGACGGUUCCUGAGGAGGAGAAUAUUGAAACAUCUUCUCCAGUUCCUCGUUGGCUUCUGCGUUUUCAAAGCCAGGUUCCGUUUUUCCAAUAUUCCGGUCUUCCAACAACCAAACUAGCAGAGUGGUGCAUUGAUAUGAGAGGAAAUCCCCUUCUUUCAUCAUUCACUACCGAUGCAGACCGAGCGGUAAUUAGGAAGCUGCCUGAGCAACCUCGGUACGUGGAUUGGAGGGUGGUGGAUGGUAUUCCACAGUUCAAAAACUGCAACCGCGCUCAACAGCGCCGAGCAGCAAUGGCGCAGCGUUUCGGACAGCUUGCACCUCUGGGUGAGGAGUGUAGCUACUGUUCCUCUGGAAAAGGUUCCUUUGAGAGCUGCCGUGUGGCGAUAGAUGACAGCAACACUCUGAUGUUCCAGGGUAGUUGUCUGUGUUGUGCCUUUCUGGAUGGAGGAGCCAAAUGCAGCUUCCGUACCAUGCGUCCUCUCUGGAUAAGGGCGUACGAGAAUUCUGAAUCCCUUGCAGCUAUAGGCUCUGCUCCUUCAACGGUUCAGCGACGAGGUCGUACCAAAGCUUUGGCCAAGACCGCUCCACCUCGUUCUGGCACAGUGAUCCGGCAUUUGGAACAGCCUACUGCCCCUGUUACUCAAGGCCACAAUGGUCAAUCCCGUUCUGGUGUUUUCCGAGGAUAUGGAGCUAGUUCCACUCCGGGAGGCCAUUCCCAUGGCUUAACUAGGGGUUCUCGUCGUGUUCGAGUCCGUUCCAAUAUUCAGGAGCAUCCGCGCACUUCAGUUCGCCAACGAGCGACAUGGGCUGCAUACCGAAUUGGACGUCGGAUCCAACUUCUAACCCAGAAGCCACCUACUCAGAGGUAG